UUUUUCAUUGUGUCCGACAAAUUUAACGAUAGAGUUUGAUAAAUAUUUGAUGGAAACUAAAAGUAUAUAACUUUUUACAAAUUUAAAGGAUCAAAAUAUUUCAGUGCAUACUUAAGUUACUAUUUUGAACCUACUCUCAAACACAAGGGUUUAUUUUUUGUCAGUUUUCUAUUUUAUCUACACUGCUAAUGACUUUUCUUUUUGUCCCCCUUGUUCGGAUUUUUAGCAUUCACAUACUGGACAGUGGGCAGCAUUCACAUAACCCCUUCUCAUGACUUUAGUUUACAAUUUUCAUCCCCAAAAUAUAUUGUUCCCAAAUUCUUGCUGGAGAAAACCAAUUUCCCAACGAAGAAAACUGCAAAUAGUGAAUGCCCAAAAUAAGAAGAAAUGUUUGCGUUGCAAUACUCUUUAUGAAGACAAAGAUAAUUCCCCCACUGCCUGCUCUUUCCAUGGCCACACCAAUGGAGAUAAAGGACUAUUUUCCCUAGCACCACCUCACCAAGGGAUCGAUGGAGAAUGGAGCGAUGGAUCUGGAGUAAUCGUCUAUAAAUGGAACGACAAGGAUAAGAGGCCAAAUACAGGAAGAAAUAACUGGAAGAGAUGGAGUUGUUGUUCUGAGUAUGAUGAAAAUGCUCCACCUUGUAGGCAAGGAUGGCAUGUCUCGUACGAUGAUGGUUUCACAUUAUACUAGUAUAUGUAAAUUUGUUUCAAUUGCCCUGGGAAUGCGAUGUCAUAUAUAAAAUCUUGUACAAAUGCCUCAAAGCAGCAACAACCUCGAAGCACUUAUAAGAAUUUUGUAUAUUUUUCAUAGUUGUGUAAGGAAACUAAAAGAAAUAGCUUCCUGAUG